AUGUCAAUCGAUCCCACUUUGUCCGAGGGCCACUUGCCCUCCCCUGCGCAAACCGGCCUGUCAACACCGCAGCUAACUGUCGGCAGUGGAUCGUCAGGUGCUGGAACCCCCAUUGGAUUUCAGCGUUACCCCCAUAACAAACACCUCGACCAUGUCAUUAGAACUCCUGGUCGUCAACCGUCGCCGCAGCCAGUUCAUCUGGGACUGCCCGGACAACAACACAGGGUCCUCACCGAGGAAGGCUCUGGCUAUAUCUCUGCCAAGUUCGAAGGCAAGCAGGAGCAAAUGGAAAAGGUCAUGGACCGCCUCGAGGAAAAGGGCUUCUUCCCCUCCGAUUUCGUCGUCUCAGAGACCACGUGGUUCUACAACAUGCUAGGAAUCGACGAUAUGUACUUCCAGACCGAGUCUGUCGAGUCCAUAGUCACCCAGAUCCUAUCUUUAUAUGCCGCCAAGGUUGCUGCGUAUGCCCGAGAUGACAAGCGCCUCGAGAUUCGCCUGGACAAGGAGGACGAAGACCACGCCGUCUACAUCGAUACCAGCAAGCCCGGUGUUACCUCGCUAGACGGCCCGAAUUACGAGUCCCGUAUAGACUCGAAAUACGUCGACGGCUCCCGACCCGGGCGAAGCUAUCGAGUAGAGAGUUUCCGCUCGACGAGCCCUCUUCCGGGUGAGGAAGAGCAACAGCUGCGUUGUUACUUCGUCUACAGAUGCCAGUUCGCCAAUCCCAAGCCGGGCCCAGAUGAGACCAACAUUGAGAUCGUCGGAGAGAAGCGCUUCCUCCAAAAGGCCACUGCUAAUACCAAGGCCAUCUAUCAGGAGAUCAUCACCAACGCCGUGUCCCGGACCGGUCCUGUCAUCGAAGUCUUCGACAUCGAGAAUAGCCGGGAAAAGCGCCUGGUCGUGGCUUACCGUCAAGGAUCCGCCAUGGGCAUCUUCAGCGCUCUUUCAGACCUGUAUCAUUACUACCGUCUGACCAGCUCGAGAAAAUACCUCGAGAGCUUCUCCAACGGCAUCACCGUUAUCUCGCUCUACUUGAGACCCAUCAACAAUGCGGAAAUAUCGCAAAAGUAUCCCCCCAUCGAGGCUGCCAUUCACCAGAUUGUGAAGGAGGUUUCGCUCUUGUACUGCAUUCCGCAGAACCGCUUCCAAAACCACUUUGCUACCGGCCGUCUGAGUUUGCAGGAGACUAUUUACUCCCACUGUGCCUGGGUCUUCAUCCAGCAGUUCUUGAACCGGCUUGGGUCCGAGUAUACUUCGUUGACAGCACUUCUGGAUUCUGGCAAUAGCGUUCAUGCAGAACUUUUAUCCAAAAUCAAGAAACGACUCCGCACUGAGACAUUUACCUCUGAUUACAUCUUUGAGAUCAUCAACAAAUACCCUGAACUCAUCCACAAGCUAUACCUCGACUUUGCCAGCACGCAUUACGUGCAAACCGGAGAUCCACAAGAUGAUUUUCUUCCCACGCUCAGUUACUUGCGCUUGCAAGUCGACGAGGUCCUGGACGAUGCGAGACUUAAGGAACUCAUCAGUCGCACUGCUGUUAAUGAGCACGAUGAGAUGGUCAUGACGGCUUUUCGCACCUUCAACAAAGCAAUCUUGAAGACAAAUUUCUUCACUCCCACCAAAGUUGCACUGAGCUUCCGUCUUCACCCAGACUUCCUGCCAGAGCACGAAUACCCGCAACGUCUUUAUGGAAUGUUCCUCGUAAUCAGCUCCGAGUUUAGGGGCUUCCAUCUUCGCUUCCGUGAUAUUGCUCGCGGUGGAAUCCGAAUUGUCAAGAGCCGAAACAAGGAAGCCUACAGUAUCAAUGCUCGGUCUCUAUUUGACGAGAACUACAAUCUUGCCAACACGCAGCAGCGCAAAAACAAAGAUAUCCCCGAAGGUGGCGCCAAAGGUGUCAUUCUUCUCGACGUCGAUCACCAGGACAAAGCUCGUGUGGCGUUCGAAAAGUAUAUCGACAGUAUCCUCGAUCUCCUCAUUCCCCCAACGAGUCCCGGUAUCAAAGACCCCAUUGUUGAUCUCCAUGGCACGGAUGAAAUUCUUUUCAUGGGCCCAGAUGAGAACACCGCGGACCUGGUUGACUGGGCCACUGAACAUGCCCGCAAGCGAGGCGCGCCAUGGUGGAAGUCAUUUUUCACUGGAAAGAGCCCCAAGCUUGGCGGCAUUCCUCAUGAUGCCUAUGGCAUGACGACGCUUUCUGUGCGUCAGUACGUUCUCGGCAUCUACCGCAAGUUGAAGAUUGAUCCAUCGACUGUGAAGAAGCUGCAAACCGGAGGACCCGACGGCGAUCUUGGCUCUAACGAGAUCCUGCUUGGUAACGAAACAUACACGGCAAUUGUUGACGGAUCAGGUGUGAUCGUUGAUCCCAACGGCCUUGAUCGCGAAGAACUUGUGAGGCUCGCGAAGAAGCGAGUGAUGAUUUCACAAUUCAAUGUAUCCAAGCUGUCGCCUGAGGGAUACCGCGUCCUCGUCGACGAAUCCAAUGUGAAACUGCCAUCAGGCGAGAUUGUCAACAACGGAAUGCUCUUCCGCAACACCUUCCACCUGCGCAAGGAUUCCCCGGUGGAUCUCUUUGUGCCUUGCGGUGGACGGCCGGAAUCGAUCGACUUGAGCACGGUGAGCAAGCUGAUUGUGAAUGGAAAAUCGGUGAUUCCAUAUAUCGUCGAGGGCGCGAACUUGUUUAUCACGCAAGAUGCGAAGCUCCGAUUGGAAAAAGCAGGCUGUAUCUUGUACAAAGAUGCCUCGGCCAACAAGGGAGGUGUCACAUCGUCGUCACUCGAGGUGCUGGCGUCGCUGUCCCUCGAUGACAAGGAAUUCGUGCAGAACAUGUGCGUUGCCGCAGACGGCACCGUGCCGGAAUUCUACCAGGCGUACGUCAAGGAAGUGCAGGAAGUCAUCAAACGCAACGCCACGCUCGAGUUUGAGGCUAUAUGGCGCGAACACGAACGCACGGGUUUGUUGCGCAGCGUGCUCAGCGACCGACUGAGUCUGGCGAUUACGAAUCUGGACGAGGAGCUGCAGAAGACAGCCUUGUGGGAGAAUGUGGAAUUGCGGCGCAAGGUGUUGGAAGAUGCUCUUCCGCGACUUCUUUUGGAGAAGAUUGGUUUGGACACGUUAUUGACCCGGGUCCCCGAAAGCUACCUCAGGUCGAUCUUCGGCAGCUACCUUGCCAGUCGCUUCGUGUACGAAUACGGCAGCAAUCCCAGCCAAUUUGCAUUCUUUGAUUUGUGA